AUUGCUGAUUUAAGAGGAAUGGAAGCACAAACAAACGGUGUCCUUGGGAUGACUGGCAACAUGAGUAAUCAGCCUGCUUGGAGUAAACAGGUUGCUGUUAAUGGAAAGACUAAAAAGGAGCACAAAACAUCUCAGUCACUUGUUGCUUUUAAGAAUGCCCUGGAAGCAAAAGAAAGGACAAACGAUGUCCAGUUGGACUUGGAUGCACAAACUCUCAUUUCCUCUGCUAAAUGGCUUCAACUUUAUGGACUCAAGAAGAACAAGAUGACUUUUUCUCAGAUUUUUUCCCAAAUUGGAUUCCAGCACAAAGAAGACUAUGUCUCCGUCUUGGGGAAAAUUGUGGCUUCACGAUAUGCAGAUGGUCUGUAUCACCAAUAUAGGGCUGUAUCUGAUGGCAAGCUCUAUAAUCUGACAGCCAAAAAGAGCCGCCUUCUUAAUUUUGCAAAUUGUCUAACUGGAAUGAUUGAACUGUACAAAAAAAGAAUGGACUGGUUAACUUCUGAAAGUCGUCAGAUUUUUGGAGUCAUACAGGAACAGAAUAUCACCAUAGUUCUGGAUUUUGGAACUGCUUCUUUAAGUGAGUUCAAUCUCUGCCGAGAAGCACUUUCUAUGGUCUUAAAGCAGCAAGUGACCCAAAUUGAGAAAUUUAACUUAAUCCGGGUGGCUCAGGAUCCUGUGAGGUGGCAAGAGAAAUCUGUUUUUGUUACAAAGGACUCUAUAGAAGAUGCCAUUGAGUGGCUCUGGAGGCUGGAAAACCUACCAGCUGUUUGUCACACUGGAGCUACAGAAGCAAUCUUGGAGGCACUGUUUGCUCAUACGGCAGAAGCUGUAUACUAUUUUGUCGUGGGUGAUAUACCAGAAUGCGCAAAGCACUUGCUCAUACAGAAGAUCUCAAGAAGUCUAUGUCCAAUCCAUACCAUAUCUUUCAACGCUAGAGAAGAAGAAACAGUUGAUUUCUUAAAGGAUCUGAGUCAGCUAACCACUGGCAGGUUCCAUGCAUUUGCUGAGAGGACAGAUGAAGUGCUUGUGAUGGGCCCUUCACUCAGUAAGAAUCAGAAAGCUACCCUAAAUUCAAGAAGGCUGAAAGGAAGACUCCCUUUAGGAACCGGUGUUAGAGAAGAUGUCUACCUGAUUUGGAAGGAACUAGAGGAAGCCAAGAAUAUCCUAACCCAGAUAGAGAAAAUUCUCAUAGAAUUUGAGAAAUCUGAAAUAGUGGCAGCAGGAGAAAUGGAUAAAACGGAAUAUGAACCAGAAGUAAAAGAUUUUGAGAAUUCCAGAGAGUGGCUUCAGAAGAAUGGCUUGGAAGCCCAGAGUCUGACCAUAUCAACAGCUUUUCCUGAUUUUGCUUUUCGUCAUAUAAAUGGAAUUGUUGAUAUAAAAACCAAGCCAGAAAAUGAAUCUCUUCAGACAAAUGCUGAGACAAAUAAAAAGGUAAUCCAUGCCAAAUACUGCAACAAUUUUAUACAUACAGUCUUGGAAGAUGGGUCUAUAAUUCAUUUACAUUUGAAUAAAGAAAGAUGCAAGGAGUUUGAAAAUAAGGUGAAGAAUUCUCUUCAUCAAAUGGAAGAAAGAAUUCAGGACCUUAAGAAAGGAAGCCGAGCCCUUUUUGGAGAUAUCACACAAGACCACAUCUGUAUCCUCAUUGAUGUAUCUCAGUCUAUGAUAUACAAACUGCCUGUGGUGAAGGAGAAAAUAUAUCAGCUGAUAAGAGAACAGUUUCAAAACAAAACCAGGUUUAAUUUUGUUAAAUUUGAUGCUGAAGCAAUAGCCUGGAAAGACAGACUUGCCGAAGUUAAUGAAGAAAAUAUAGAAGAUGCUAUACUUUGGAUAAAACAACUUCAGGUUGGGACUACUACAAAUGUACUGAAAGCACUUCAGAUUGCCUUUGCUGAUCGUGACACUCAAGCCAUUUAUCUUCUUACUGAUGGGAGACCUGAUCAGCACCCCAAUAAAAUUUUAGAUGAACUCAAACUUUGGCGGAAUAUUCCAAUUCACACUAUAUCAUUUAACUGUGAUGAUACUGGAGCUAAUCAAUUUUUGCAUGAACUGGCCAGCAGCACAGGUGGACGAUUUCAUUACUACCAUAUUAUUCUGACAGAUCCUGAUUCCCCCAAACCUUUUGAGUGUGAGGAUAUAUAUUUGGUUAGAAGAGAGAUAGAACGAGGAGAAAAACAACUGAGCAAAGUACAAUCCUUUUACCCUGGUAGCCAUUUGAUGGAUUUGUUUAAUGGAGCAAAAAACAUUCAAGAUAAACAACCCAGACAGACUUUUGCUACAAUCCCAGUAUCCAUACAAGUUGAGGGACUGAACCCCUCACCUCGAGCUAGGCCCUAUUCUGCCUUUGAAGAACCUGCAUCAGCUUCAUCAGAAACCGAUAUGGCAUUCUCUGAGAGUCCAACCACAAAGAAGAGAGUUUUAUAUGCAGAGCCAACAAAGAGUAGCAUGCUUAGAACUCAACGCUAUGCAGCCAAGCCUUCUGAACAAAGUCAAGAUGGAAAAAAAGAACAGAAGAGCCCAAAAGUUGAACAAAAGAUAAAGGAUGACUCUUUGGAUAUCCCUUCAGCUGAAUGGCUAAAGACUCACGGUUUGGUUGCUAAGAGACUUACCCUAAUGGAUGCCUUAUCCCCAACAGCAGUUUCUCGUACAACAACUUAUGUUCCAAUUUUAGAUAAACAUGUCGUUUCCAAAGUAUUUGAUGAUAUAUUCCCUUUCGCCCAUGUGAGCAGUGAUAAGAAAUGUGUCACCCUGCUUAAUCCUCAAGCAGUAGAUCUUCAUGUCUAUAGAAAGAAGGUGCAAGAAGCAAUAAAAAUAUAUGAAAGGCGCCUUGACCAAAUUGUUUGGAAAGCAUUACCACAGAAGGAAAAAGAGAAAUUUCAACAGGAUCAGCCAGUUUCCUACGUGGACUGUAAAGAAUCUUUACUCGAAGCCUUAGCCAAUGCAAAGUGGCCAAUUGCCAACCAGGAGCUUGUGAUGUUGGAAGAUGAGAUUCUAACAGCAUUAACAUAUCUACAACAGGCUUCUGAUCUUGAAAUAGCAUCCAAAGAAGAACCCCAGAGAAUUUGUCCACUCCAUAUCUGUCCCACUAAAGAGGCAAAGAAACCAAAAACAAAAGUAUUUGAUUAUCUCAAAGGCCAAAAUGUCAUCGCAAGAUCAGAAACCACAGGAUUUUAUUACCCAGGAACAGUGGUGAAGAGCAUCACAUCAUUUUAUGCACUUGUUGAUUUUGUUAAUGGACAGAGUGAGAUUGUCCCCUUGAAGUUCAUUUUGUUUAUUGGAGGUGCGACGUCUUGUCCACCCUUACACAUUGGAGAUUAUGUAUUCACCAGAAUAAGGAAGCCAUCAGGUGAAGAGUAUUACGUCCCUGGUGUUGUCAUAGCAAUACCAAAUAAAGCUGAUUUAGAUGAUAAACUCUACACAGUUUUGAAAUACAACAAUAAAAAGGAUCAUUGUGUACGAAAUGGGCUUUUUAAAAUUAGUCAUAGAAGGUACACUUGUUCCUGCUGCUACAUCAACAUGACGAAGAUGAUGGAUUACCUCAUACCAAAUGUAACAGUCCCAAAGCACAUCCAUAGAGCAGUCGCAGAGGCCGAGAAACAGAAAAAUUCUAUAUCUGUAGGAGGGGAUUGGAAGAAGAAGAAGAAGAAGAAGGACAGAGGAAGAGUUAACAGCAAAAAGGAGCGUUGUAAAGAAUGGACCUCAUCUGUCGGUGAUGAGAUGUUUUCCUCUAGAACUAAACGAAGAGCAAAUAGCUUGUCACCUACUUUUCAUCGCAAAAAAGAAAGUACAGGUACAGAAAGUAAACAGGAAAAAAAAGUAAGGCAGGUUAUAAGAUCAAAUGUAGCUAAAGUGGAUCUGCUCCAUUAGUCCUUUUUAUCCAUUACCUACUUGAUAUUUCUGAUCUUAGUAUAUUUAUGUUUGGAAUUUUGCCAUUUAUUUUAUAGAUUCUUACAUAGCCCAAAAGGUAGACCAUCCAGAUGCUACUUCAUGCAUAUGUAUACAUCCAUAUACAUUCUACAUGCACAUCGACCCAAAUAACUCAACUACUGUUCCAAUGAUAAGAUGGCUGUUCUCUUACAAGAGAGACCUUCCAAUAAUUCCUUUUAUCAUUUCCAUCUUCCAUUAUCUGUUUCUUUUCUCUUCCUCACUAAAAUUUACUAAAUGGAAUAAUUUGUUCUAGUCCAUCAUCUCCUCAAUUAACAUGCCCACAGUAUGUUAUUUUCUGCUUCAUGAACAGCCAGUUUCAUCUGGUUCAGAACUGACUGAUUAGUUCUUCUUCCGUUUCAUGGCAUUCUUGGUAAAUUCAGAGGUUCUGUCCUUGGUCAGAAACAUAUCUGCCCCACACAUUAAUACAUUCCAUAUUCAGGCACUAUUUAUACAUUCAAAGGACAGGUUGGAAUCAAUGAAGCAAAGAUAGAGCUUAUUAUAUACACUUUUCCUCUCCGUUAUCUCUUUUUUAUUGGCUGUUUGAUCUUGUGUUUCUCUUUAAAUUAUCUGUUCCUUUGGCAUUUCUCUCUACCUGCAGCUCUUUUUCUUUGUAAUAUUUUAGGAAAACAUGGCUUGUGUGAAGAAUCAGUAGAAUGGUUCACUAAUUUGAGCAUUCUUUUGCAUCUCCUUUUUCCAAUAGAGGUGUACACCAUGUUCUUUGCCAAUCUUUGCUCUCAUGCUUCCUGUUCGGUCUCUUAACUCAUCCCAUUGGUAUUUUAUCUUUACCUGAUUAAUAGCUGACCUGUUGUCUCUUGUACCUUACUUUCUCUUGGAAUUGAUUUUUAAAUUUAAUCCCAUUAUACAAAUCUUUUGCCUAUAAUAGUCUCUAAUUCUGUCUGAAAAAUAUUUCAGUGACAGGCAUCCAUAGAGGAUGUGUACACACAAAUGACAAAACUUAUACUGUGACACAAGCUCUGCCCUUUUCAUGUAACACACAAGUACAUCAUUAUUUUAAUGAAAUAUUGACUCACCGCAUUUUUCGGAGUAUAAGACACACUGGAGUAUAACUAAGAUUUUG